CUUUUUAAUUAUUAAUUCUAUUUUUUUCUAUUUUCAACGGUCUAUACUCUAAUUGUAAUUGCCUGUUUAUCUUAUCUUCCCACACUUUAAAUCAUUCUUUUCCUCCUUUUUUCAUUUUUUUUUCUUUUCUUCUUUUUAACAUCUCCAGCUCAACUUUUGCCCAUCAUUUCGAAACCACCGACCUUUGUGUUUGGAGCGAUGGACGAUGAUGAAGGCUAUUACUAUACAGGCCAGACUCCGUUCAGAAAACCCAACGAGUCCAAAUUACGAUAUCACGCUCGAAGGUUGGUCUCGAUUCAAACUCUCGCCCGUCUUGAAUACACAGUGGAGGAAGCAGAGACCAAAUUCAAUCGUUCACUCGGACCUGUGGAGUUGACCUUUGUAGGAUUGGGUGCUGUUGUUGGUACUGGCGUCUUUGUCAUUCUUGGUAAUGCUGCCGCUACUCAGGCAGGCCCCUCAGUCACAAUCUCAUUUCUUCUCGGCGGUAUCGUCUCUGGGAUCGCAGCUCUAUCCUAUGCAGAGAUGGCCUCCAUGAUCCCAAUCGCUGGAUCAGCUUACACAUAUGCCUAUGCAACCGUCGGAGAAUUACCCGCAUGGAUCAUUGGAUGGAAUCUCAUUCUGGAAUACAUGAUUGGUGCUGCAACAGUCUCCAUUGGCUUUUCAUCUUACUUUGUAGCAUUGGUCGAGGAUGCCUUUCAUGGAACACUCUCACCCAAAUGGACAAAGGCUCCCAUUGUUUGGGUCAAUGAUGAUUUCGAAAUGUCGGGUUCCUAUUUUAAUGUGCCUGCCUUUGUGAUCUCAGCCCUGGUAACAGUGACGAUCUAUUCAGGAAUCCAUUUGACAGCCAAGAUCAACAAUGUAUUGGUGGCAUUCAAGAUCAUAGUCUUGAUCAUCAUGAUCAUUGCCAUGAUCCCCUCCAUCAAAAGAGAAAACUAUCACCCAUACAUUCCACCCAACACGGGGACCUAUGGGGAAUUUGGUGUCUCUGGAUUAUUACAGGGUGCAUCCUCAGUCUUCUUUGCUUACAUUGGAUUCGACAGUGUCUCCACCACAGCCCAGGAAGCAAAAGAGCCCCAGGUGAAUUUACCAGUCGGAAUUAUGAUGACCCUGGUGAUCAGUGCGACGAUUUAUAUUGCUCUCAGUGCUGUGACCGUGGGCGUGGUGAAUUACGAGCAAUUGACAGGCGGAUCACCUCUAGUGUUCACGGUCCGGUCAACGAAUAUGACCUGGCUUGUAGUCCUGACAGAAUUAGGAGCUCUUGCUGCGACGACUUCGGUUAUUUUGGUCUUAUUGAUUGCUCAACCACGUGUCUUUUACGCCAUGGCUAAUGAUGGUUUGAUCCCCCGUGCCUUUGCAAAAGUUCAUCCAAAAUAUAAGACUCCAUACGUUGCUACAUUGGUCUCAGGAAUCAUUUGUGCAAUUUGUGGUGCGUUACUUCCUAUUGAGGUGAUGAGCGACAUGUCUUCUGUUGGCACCAUCUUUGCAUUCUUUGUUGUCAACAUUGGUGUCAUCAUCCUCCGCUAUACUCGGAAAACUGUCCCUCGUCGAUUUAAAGUACCAGGAGGUCCAUUUCUUUUACCUGGAAUUGGUGCGAUAAGUUCAUUAGUAUUGAUUCAAGGUGCGAAACGGGAGGCGAUUAUCCGGUUAUUGGUCUGGAUGGCUGCUGGUGUCUUUGUCUAUUUGAUCUAUGGUCGAUCCCAUUCGGAAGUCAACAACCCAAGGAUCAUUGCAGAUGAACCCAUGCGAGUCUUGCAUGAGAAUUUCUCGGUCGAUGCUGUGAACCCUUAUGGACAAUAUGGAGAGGAUUAUCAAGGAUAUUCAGAUGAACAUUUACGGAGACAGUAUGAACGUCAGUUGGCAAGGAGACGGAUGAAUGGGAUGAAUGGGAUGAUGGGUGAUAUAGCCGCUAUAGGUGGUGUAGGCAAUCACAUAGAGAUGGAUACCUGUCCUGUCGCCGAGGCUGAAACUGCAGGUGAAGUUGAGAACGGUGUUUAUGGAAAUAAUGGGAUGAGAAGAAGACCACAACAGCAAGAAUAUGAACCAGGGCGGUCACAAGAAGAAGAAGAGACAAGAGAUAAUUUUGAUGGCUUUAGUGGCGUAGGAAACGAUCUAGCGCAAGAAACAGGAGCAGGAGUAGCAGUAACCUCAGCAUUAUCAACAGCGCCUCCAUCAUCGACACCAUCACCAGCCCCACCUGCGCCAACGAUAAAAGAGGAAGAUGGACGUGAAUCAUGAUAUUUAAAGCAGCUACACAUGAGAUAAUACCCAACGAUGACUGUUCAUCGUCAAUCAUAACCCUCUCCCAUGUUCCUCCUUUUCCUUAUUACUUUAUACAUAAUCUUAAUAAUAAUUAACAUAAUGAGAAAAAGAAAAAGAAAAAGAAAAAGCCUUUUUUAAUUUCGUCUAUACUAUUUGUCAUUUUUUUAUUUAUUUAUAAAUGGAAUUGUGCCAAAGAUCUGGUAAUAUAGGAAAGGGAUGAAGAGAGGAUGGAGAGAGGAUGGAGAGAAGAAGUGUUGAAGAG